AUGGACAUCGAAGAAGAUGCUGAUUACGACAGCAGCGAGUCCACAGAUGUUGAUUUGAACAUCCCAGCCGCUUCUGUAAGCACUCUCGGCUCCCAGAAGGCCAAGGAGGUGUUAUCCUCCAAGACAGCCGACUAUAGGCCUCCGGUACUUGGAACCUGGGUAGCAGUUGAGAGCAAACCUUUUGGGAUCAUUGACGGGUUGUCGACAAGAACAUUGAUGGGUAGUCCCCCGAUUCACCGGAACAUCGAUCAUAGAACCAAGCCCCGAAAGAGCAUUGUGGGUACUCCACACACAGAAGACUCUGCUCUUGGACUUGAUGAGCUUUUGAACAUGAGUGAAUUGGACUACGACGAUACUGACGAUGCGAAGAUUUGGCGAGACUUCAACAACAACAAGAAACGAGUUCCACUAGGAGCGUUCCGAAACAAGUCGUUGUUGCAGAAUUCGAUCAAUGAGUCUACGGAUCCAAUGACUUCUAACGUUCAGUACAACCACACCAGCAAGAGUAACAACGAUUUCAAUCAAAGACGGUACUCGUUAAGUGGAGGCCACAAGGGCAAGUCGGCCAGAGGCAAGGUGGCACGGCGCAAGUCCAGCACCAUUGUGCUGGUUCCACCUAAACUGAAGAGAAGAAGGGCUUCCAUGGUGGAAGCAUUCGCAGAGGGUUAUAGGCCCACCAAGUCCGGGUUGUUCAGCGAGCAGGCCCUUUUGGACGUAGAAGAGGUUUUGGGUGAUGACAAUGACAUCAUGGCAUUGAUAAAGGGAUUGUAGCCCACCAAUGAUAAUUAUGAUAUAGGCUUUAUAAGGAAUAAAGGUACGCCAGGGAAAA